AUGGAUGUGGGCAGGUUCGAGACCUACCUGCGUGAUCUGGUGCCUGUCGUGCUCGGCACGGACACCGCCCAUGCGCCAUUGCGGCUGGUCUGCGAUGCCGGCACAGCACACACCUUUGCCAGUGAUCCACAGUCGCCGGUCCUAUUUGUAGACCAGCGCGCGGACGCGCUGCACUAUACCCUCGCAUUGCGCCCGUCCUACCUGCCCGAUUGCGUCUCGUGCAUGGCGCUUCUCAAGCGCGAUGCAGUGCUGGACAUGGCCGCGCCCCUUGCGCCGCAGCUGCGCGUCGUGACACUGGACGCCGAGCCUGGCGGAGCCGGCGCCGGCGCCGGCGCCUCGCUCGAGAAACCCUACGAGACGCUGCAAACGGUGGUGCGCAGUGUGAUCACGCCCUGGUUUGACGCGUACGCCGCGCGUGACGAUACGGAUACCAACCGCGCCAAGACCGACGAGAUCCCCAUGGUGAAGCGCAAGUUCGCCGAGCUUGCACUGAGUCUGCGGCACCUGCAAGAGAGCGUAGAAAUUCCCCAUGUUGUGCUCACAACGCACCCCGCGGUGCGCGCCGCGGUGGAAGCGCACGGUGCAAGUGUCGGUGUGGAUGCACUGGACGCCGCGUUGCUCCACGACGACCAGUUUGUCAAUGCGCUGCACUCGGAGAUGAACGGAUGGGUGCGUGCGGUGCAAAAGGUCACCAAGCUCGAGCGCAGUGUAGAGAGCGGGAGUGCGAUGCAAGAGAUCAACUUUUGGAACGCGAUGGAGCACGCGCUGAAAGACGUGGAGCAGCAGCUGCACACGCCUGCAAUCCUGCUCACCCUCGAGAUUCUCACCCACGCCAAGCGCUUCCACGCCACCGUCUCUUUCCACGCCGACACGGGCAUCCAAGACAGCCUGGAAAAGGUGCAUGGGUACAACGUGCUCAUGAAAGACCUUCCGCUCGGCGAGCUCCUCGCUGCAUCGACGCUCGCAUCCGUGCGCACGGCCGUGCGCGCCCUCUUUUCCAUCCUCACCAAGAAACUCCGCGCGAGCAGCUACCCGGUCGCGCGCGCGCUCGCGUUUGUCGAGGCGAUCGGCCGCGACUUUUGCGAUGCACAGCACCGCGUGCUUGGCGCACAGGCCGUCAUGCAGCUCGACUACCCCGCAUUCUCCGCCGCCGUCCAGGAAACCAUCCACGUGCAGGGCGAAUGGGAGGAAGGUGUGAAGGAAUUUGUAUACGUCGCGCGCGAGCUCACGCGCAAGCGCGCGGAAAAGUUUUUCCCGAUCAAGAUCGUCGGCGCACACGCGGCGCUGCGCACGCGGCUCGAGUACCUCGCGCGGUUCCGCGUCGCGCACGAAGAGCUUGUCGACAUGGCCGAUGUCGGAAGGACGUGGGCGAACGACGCGCCCGACGCGUCUCUCCUCGCCGAAAUCCACGCGGCGUACGACGCACUCCGCGCCGUCGACCUGCUCGACACGUCGGAGAAAGGCACCGCGGCGCUCGCGCACGCCGAGGCGCGGUACAAUGCACAGAUCGCGCAUGUGGAAAACCAGCUGAUCGAGAAGCUGCAAGGGCUGCUCGACCAUGCGCAGUCUGCGCGUGAGCGACUCCGGAUCCUUGCACAGUUCAACAAGCUGUUUGUGCGCCCCAAGGUGCGCGCGGCAGUGCAAGAGUACCAGCAGGUCCUGCUGCAGAGCGUGCAGUCCGACAUUGACGCCCUCCACGCCAAGUUUUCUGCUGGGUUCCGCGACUCGGCGGCGCACGUCGCCGGCAAGCUGCGCGGCCAGCCCGAGAUUGUGGGCGCGAUGGUGUGGGCGAGCGAGAUGGAGCGCCAGCUGCAAGGGUACCUGAAACGCGUAGAAGAUGUGCUCGGCCACGGCUGGGAGCACUACACCGACGGCCAGCGCAUCCAUGCCGAGAGCGCGGCAUUCGCGGCGAAACUCGAUACCCGGCCGCUGCUCAGUGCAUGGUCCCAAGACGCGGCGCGGCGCGUGACGCAAGUGCAAGGCCCUCUGCUGCGCGUCGUGGAAGAGCGCAAGAGCGGCCGUUUGCGCCUCGUUGCGAACUACGACGCGCAGGCGUUUGCGUUUGCGGACGAGGCGCACGCACUGACCAUGCUUGGCAUGCAGAUUCCCCAGGCGCUCAGCAGCGCCGCGCUCGAUGCGCGGCGCAUCCAUCCGUUUGCGCUUGCCGUGGUGAAUGCGCUGCGCACGCUCGACAAGGUGCACGAGCAGCUCGCUGCGAUGCCGGCCGCCGGGCCUUUGCUCGCGCACAACCUGCACGCGAUACACAGCCUGCUUGCACAGGCGUCGCAAGCGCGCUGGGAGCGGUUCUUGGACAGCUACAGCAGUGUAUACACGAGCGCAAGCGCCGACGCGCUCCGCGAAAACGCACAGGUGGUGCUCGUAGAAACGCUCGCUGGAAACGUCGUCCAGCUCGAGGAGCGUGUGCAGAAGCUCGCGGCGGUCCAAGACGAAAUGGACGGGGUCUUGCGCACGCUGCGCACAUGCGCCUACCAACGCGCAGCCUUUCGCGCGUGCGUAGACGCGCUGCAGCGUGCGAUGGACGCGCUGAGCCUCGCAGGCUACGCCAACGUCGCGCGCUUUGUCGAGCACGUCGAAGAAAAGCGCGUCGCCGUUUUGCUCGACCGACUCCACGCGGAGCUCGACCAGGUGGCGCAGACCUUUGCGCCGCGCCACCACACCGCCACGCCCGUCGUGCUUGCUGUGCGCCUCCACGGCGCCGCGCUCCAGCUCGAGCCGCGGCUGGAGGCGGCGCGCAGCGUGUGGAUCGCACAGCUCGCCGCCGUCCUCGACACGGUCCUCGCGCUGCCGCGUCUCACCACGCAGCACGCGCUCGCGCUGGGGCAGGACAGCGGCCCCGCGUGCCGCUUGCUUGCGCGCGUCGAUCCAGGCCGCCUCGAGACGCCGCUCGCGCGCCUGGAAUCGGUGCUUGCACACGCCUCGCGCUAUGCCGCUGCCUGGCUCGAGCUGCAGUUCCUCUGGGACGUGGAGCCCGACGCGCUGGCAGCGCAGCUUGGCGCCGAUCUCGCCGCGUGGCACGCCAUUGCGCGCCGCCUCGGCCAUGCGCGCGCUACGCUCGAGGCGCAUCGUGUGCGCCGUGUGUUUGGCGGGAUCGUGUGCAUCGACGGCGAGGCCAUCCAGCGCCGCGUCGCGUUGAAGCUCGAUGCGUUCCAGCGCGCAUUCCUGCAGCGCUACGCAGCGGCGCUCGCAGCGGCCGCGGACGCGUGCACCGCGGCGGUGCGCGAACAGCGGCGCGCGCUUGAGCCGCUGCGCGUGCACAGCGCCUCGAUCGACGACGUGGUCGCGCUUGUGGCGCUUGUGCAGCAGCUGCAGGCCUCGAGAGAGCGCUGGCACGACACCCUUGCGCAGUACGCGGCCGGCGAAGCGGUGCUGGUGCAGCAGCGCGUGCCCCUGCUGCAGUGGACGUUUGCCGAGCAGGUGCACGGCGAACUGAGCGCCCUGGAGCAGCUCCUCGACCAGAAGCGCGCGGCGAUGGACGCGGCCCACGCCGCGAUCCACGCGCGGAUCGCCGCGGAAGACGCGGCGCUCGCGCAGAAGCGCGCCGAGUUCCUCGGCGCAUGGGACGCGCAAAAGCCCGUCCAGGGCGCGCUGCUCGUGCACGAUGCGCAGCACACGCUCGCAUCGUUUGCCGCGAAGCUCGCUCUGCUGCAAGCGCAGCACGAGCAGCUCGCCGCGGCGCAGGCCGCCUUCCUUGUGCCGGCGGCCGACGCGCGCGCGCUUGCGCGCGCGCGCGAAGAGCUCGACGACCUGCAGUCGGUCUGGGGCGCGCUCGCGGGCGUGUGGAGCGCCUUGGACGAGACACGCGCGAGGCCGUGGGCCGCUGUGCAUGUGCGCCAGGUGCGCCAGGAGCUCGACGCGCAGGUGCGCGCGAUGCGUGCGAUGCCGAGCAGGCUGCGCCAGUACGCGGCGUAUGAGCACCUGCACGAGCGCCUCGCGUUCCUGCUGAAGCACACGGCGGUGCUCGCCGAGCUGCGCUCCGACGCGUUCAACGAGCGGCACUGGCGCGCGCUGUUCCAGCGCGUGGGCCGGCGCUACCUCGCCUCCUCGCACACGCUCGGCGCGGUCUGGGACCUCGACUGGGCGACGAACAUGUCGGCGGUGCGCACGCAGCUGGCCGAGGCGCAAGGGGAGUAUGCGCUGCAGGUGUACCUGGAGCAAGUGCGCGAUGCAUGGACGGGCUACGCGCUGGAGCUCGUCAACUACAGGAACGAGUGCAUGCUCGUGCGUGGCUUUGAUGCGCUGUUCCAGCUCGCCACGGAGCACGCCAGCGCGCUGCGUGCCAUGGGCGCGAGCGAGCACUACCGCGUGUUUGAAGAAGAGGCGCGCGCGUGGGAAGCCAAGCUUGCGCGCGUCCAGACGGUGUUUGACUACUGGGAGCGUGUGCAGCGCGCGUGGGUGUACCUGCACGGCCUCUUUUCGAGCACGGCAGAGACGCGGCACAUGUUGCCGAAAGAGGCGAGCCGCUUCCAGAGCAUCAGCACCGAGUUUCUUGCGAUUCUGCGGCGCGCGCAGAAAGCGCCGCUGGUGCUCGAGGUGGUGCAGCAGCCGGGGCUCGAGCACACGUUGCGCCGCCUCGCAGAGCUCCUGCACCGGAUCCAGAAAGCGCUGGGCGAGUACCUCGAGCGCGAGCGUGCGCGCUUCGCGCGCUUCUACUUUGUCGGCGACGAGGACCUGCUCGAGAUCCUCGGCAGCCAGCGCGACCGUGCGCGCGCCGCGACGCACUUUCCCAAAAUGUUUCCCGGGCUCCACGCCCUCACCAUCGCCCACGACGACACGAUUGUGGGCGUGGCGAACCGCGCGGGCGAGCACCUCGCCAUCGAUCCCGUCGCGUGCGGCGAGCGCCCGGUGCACGAGUGGCUUGCAGCGCUCGAGCACAGCGUGCAGCGCGCUUUGCUCGCCGCGGUGCGCCACGCCGUCGAGGCGCUCGACACGACGCGUGCGUGGCUCGUGGCGUACCCCGCGCAAGUCGCCGUGCUCGCGGCGCAGAUUGUGUUUGUGCGCGACGUGGAGCGCGGCCUCGCGCACGGAUCGCUGGACGACGCGCAGCAGCGCACGACACGCCUCGCCGCAUGGCUCACGACGCACAUCACCACGGCGGAUGGCGUGGAGCGCCGCGCAUGCGAGCAACUCCUCACCUUUCUGGCGCACGCCGCGGAGCUGCUUGCGGCGCUCGCGCAGGCGCCGCUCGCGCCCGGCAUCUUUCCGUGGCUCUUGCACCUGCGGCACUACCUCGACGCCGACGGCGUGCAUGUCUGCAUGGCGCACACGCGCUUUGCGUACGGCUUCGAGUUCCUCGACGCCGCCGAGCGCCUUGUACACACACCGCUCACCACCACCUGCUAUGCGAGCAUGACGCAAGCGCUGCACGCGCGCCUCGGCGGCGCGCCGUUUGGCCCUGCCGGCACGGGCAAGACGGAGACGAUCAAGGCGCUCGGCGCGGAGAUGGGGCGCUUUGUCCUGGUGUUCAACUGCGACAGCCAGUUUGACGUGCACGCCAUGGGGCGCAUCCUCGCGGGCGUGUGCCGUGUCGGGGCGUGGGGCUGCUUUGACGAGUUUAACCGUUUGGAAGAGCGCGUCCUCUCCAGCGUCUCGCAGCAGAUGUACGCGAUCCAGCGCGCGCUCGUGGAAAACAAGCCCGCGGAGCUCGGCGUGCGGGUGGAUGUGCACGCGUGUACUGGGGUGUUUGUGACGAUGAAUCCCCGCUACGCGGGCCGCUCGCACCUGCCCGACAACCUCAAGGCGCUCUUCCGCAGCGUCGCCAUGGCGCACCCGGACAAGCGCCGCAUCGUCCACGUCCUGCUGCUCGUGCACGGCUUCCAGGGCGCGGCGCAGUGGGCGUCCAAGAUGGUGCUCCUCUUCCAGCUCUUGGACGAGCAGCUGCACCGCGCACAGCACUACGACUUUGGCCUCCGCGCGCUCAAGGCAGUCCUGCGCAGCGCCGCGCGCGUGCGCACGCGCGGCGCCGACGAGCAGCGCGUGCUCGUGCAGAGCGUGCUGGAGACGGUAGCGCCGAAACUCGACGCGGACGACGUCCCGCUGCUGUCCCGCCUGGUCGAGGAGGUGUUUCCGGGGGUGCGCUACACGCCGAGCGCGCUCGACGCGCUCUCCGCUGCGAUCGAUGCGCGCUGUGCCGCGCACCAUUUGCACGCCGCGCCGUGGAAGGCCAAGCUGCUGCAGCUGUACCACAUCCAGCACAUUGCGCACGGCAUCAUCCUUGUGGGCGCUGCCGGCACGGGCAAGACCGCUGCGUGGCGCACGCUCCUCGCGGCCAUGGAGCACGUCGACGGGGUGAGCAGCGUCGCACACGUCAUCGCGCCCAAGGUGCUCAGCAACGAGGCGCUCUACGGCACGCUCGACCCCACCACGCGCGAAUGGACCGACGGGCUCUUCACCGCGCUCCUGCGCCGCAUCUUGGAGAAUGUGCGCCGCGAGCGCGAGCAGCGCCACUGGAUCGUGUUUGAUGGGGACAUCGACCCCGACUGGGUCGAGAACCUCAACAGCGUCCUGGACGAAAACAAGAUGCUCACGCUGCCCACCGGCGAGCGCCUCGUGCUUCCGCCGAAUGUGCGCCUGGUGUUUGAGGUGGACAGUGUCGCGCAUGCCACACGCGCGACCAUUACGCGCUGCGGCAUGGUCGCGUUUGGCGCCGAGCUUGUCCCGCGUAGCGCACGGCUCGCGCAUGCCGCCGCGACGCUGCGCGCAGCGACGCUCGGCGCCCCCGACGAGCUGCCUUCGGUGCACGCAGCAGACGACCGUGCGAUCCUCGCAGGGAUCGCCGCGCGCGUCGAGCAGGACUGUGCGCACGGCGGCCUCGUCGACUGGGCGCUCAGCUUUGCGCACACGCUUCCGCACACCAUGGCGUUCGACGAGGCGCGCGCGAUUGCAGCCUUCUUUUCCUUGCUGCGGCGCGCCGCGCGCCUUGUGCUUGCGUACAACGCGGCCCAUCCCGACUUUUGCAUGCGCGACGAGCACGUCGCACACUAUGCCUCGCGCGCCAUGCUCGUCGCGCUGGCGUGGGCGUGUGUCGGAGACGCGCCGCACGUGGUGCGCGACGCAUUCAGCGACGCGGUGCGUGCGCGCGUCACUGCUGCGCUCCCGGCGGGCCAGCUGCUCGACUACCACGUCGUCGCCUCGCGCGACGCGCCGUUCGAGCCGUGGGCGGCGCACGUUGCGCCUGUGGAGCUCGAUCCCAGCGCACUCGUCGCUGCGGAAGUUGUGAUUCCCACGCUGGAUACCGUGCGUUUGGAGGAGCUUGUCUAUGCCUAUCUCUUGGACCACCGCCCCGUCAUGCUCUGUGGCCCGCCGGGCAGCGGAAAGACGAUGGUGCUCUACGCGACACUGCGCCGCCUCGCGGAUGUGAUGAUCGCGAGCGUGAACCUGAGCAGCCAGACGACGCCCGCCGCGCUGCUCGCGCUGCUCGAGGAGCACUUGGCGUACCAAGAAACGCCCCACGGCACGCAGCUCGCCCCGAGCCAGCCCGGGCGCUGGCUCGUGGUGUUCUGCGACGAGAUCAAUUUGCCCGCCCCCGACGCCUACGGCACGCAGUGCCCCAUCCACUUUCUCCGCCAGCUCGUCGAGCAGCGUGGAUUUUGGCGCGCGCGCCAGUGGAUCGCGCUCGAGCGCGUGCAGUUUGUCGGCGCGUGCAAUCCGCCAACGGAUCCGGGGCGCUGGCCGCUCACGCACCGCUUUCUGCGCCAUGCGCCGGUCGUGAUGGUCGACUAUCCUGCGCCUGUAUCGCUGCACCAGAUAUACCACACCUUCACACGCGCCUUGCUGCGCGCCACGCCCAACCUCGCGGGGUACGCCGAGCCACUUUCCCACGCCAUGGUGCGCUUCUUUCUCGCGUCCCAGAAGCAGUUUACCCCCGCGACACAAGCGCACUACGUCUACUCCCCGCGCGAGCUCACGCGCUGGAUCCGGGGCAUGUACAAGGCGCUCGGGGACAUGCAGCUCGCCGCGCUCCCCGACCUGGUGCGCAUCUGGGCGUUCGAGGGGCUGCGCCUCUUCCAGGACCGCCUCGUGUCCGACCUAGACAAAGCCUGGACGGACGAGAUGCUCGAUACGGUCGCGCACGACGCAUUUCCCGCCCUCGACAUGCACCACACGCUCGCGCGCCCCAUCCUCUACGCAGACUGGCUCACGCGCACGUACAGCAGCGUCGAUCGCGCACCGCUGCGCGACUAUGCCAAGGCACGCCUGCACGCGUACUCGGAAGAAGAGAUGCACGCGGAUCUUGUGCUCCACGACAAGGUGCUCGACCUUGCGCUCUGCUGCGACCGUGUUUUGCAGCAAGCUGCGGGCCACUUGCUCCUGAUCGGCGUCGCGGGCUCGGGAAAAACGACCGUGGCGCGCUUCUGUGCAUGGCUGCGUGGCCUUGCGCUGUACAGCAUGCCGAGCGCGCGUGGGUUCCGCGACGCGGACUUUGACGAGCAUCUCCGCGCACUGUUGCGCCGCGUCGGGAUUUAUGGCGAGCAGGUGUGCUGGACGAUGGACGAGGCGCACGUCGCGCACCCAGCGCGCCUCGAAAAACUCAACACCUUGCUCGCCAAUGCCGAGGUCGCGGGGCUGUUUGAGGGCGACGAGCACGCUGCGCUCUUGACGGCGUUGCGCGACGCAUCGCAGCGCGAAGGGGUCGUCGUCGCCACCGACGACGAGCUGCUCGCGUUUUUCCGCGCGCAGAUCCGCGCGAAUUUGCACAUUGUGCUCACCAUGACGCCGCCCCAGGGCGGGAUCGGCAGCAAGGCCGCAGCGUCCCCGGCACUGUUCAAUCGUUGUACAUUGGUCUAUUGUUGGUAG